CGGAACACCGCCUCAUUAUUCAGGCUGAUGCAAGUUGCAGAGAGCUGUCAUCUGUCUGGAGAUUAUUAACGUGUGAAGAAGAUGACAGACUGUCAGAGUGACGGGGACGGGGCCAGCUGUCCCAUAGAACUCUAUGAGAAACUGACAACACAAGGAGACAAAGUCAGAGCCCUGAAAACAGCCAAAGCAGAGAAGGCUGAUGUUGAUGCUGCCGUCCAGCUGCUGCUGAAGUUGAAAGUGGACUACAAACAGCUGACGGGUCAGGACUACAAAGCUGGCUGCCCGCCCUCAGAAACCUCCGUUGCCCCCGACAACGGCCCAGCAGCCGGCGGCGCCGAGGACGAAGACACGGUGGACCCGUGGACCGUCGCCACCAGCAACGCCAAGGGAGUCGACUACGACAAACUCAUAGUGAGGUUCGGCAGCAGCAAGAUCAACAAAGACCUGGUGGACAGGAUAGAGAAGGUAUCGGGACAGAAAGCUCAUCGGUUCCUACGCAGAGGAAUCUUCUUCUCACACAGAGACAUGAAUCAGGUCCUGGACGCCUUAGAGAAGAACAAGUCCUUCUACCUCUACACAGGAAGAGGACCGUCCUCACAAGCCAUGCACGUAGGACACCUCAUCCCCUUCAUCUUCACCAAGUGGCUGCAGGACGUGUUUGACGUUCCUCUGGUGAUCCAGCUGACUGAUGAUGAGAAGUAUCUGUGGAAGGAUCUCUCUCUGGAGGAGUGUCAUCGCUUCGCUGAGGAGAACGCCAGAGACAUCAUCGCCUGCGGCUUCGACGUCAACAAGACCUUCAUCUUCUCCGACCUCGACUACAUGGGAGCGACUCCUGACUUCUACAGAAACGUGGUGAAGAUCCAGAAACACGUGACGUUCAACCAGGUCAAAGGGAUCUUCGGCUUCACCGACAGCGACUGCAUCGGAAAGAUCAGCUUCCCGGCCAUCCAGGCCGCUCCGUCCUUCAGUAACUCCUUCCCUCACAUCUUCAACGGCAGGAAGGACGUCCAGUGCCUCAUCCCCUGCGCCAUCGACCAGGACCCGUACUUCAGGAUGACCCGGGACGUGGCUCCGAGGAUCGGGUAUCCUAAACCGGCCCUGCUGCACUCCACCUUCUUCCCCGCCCUGCAGGGCGCCCAGACCAAGAUGAGCGCCAGCGACGCCAACUCCUCCAUCUUCCUCACCGACACGCCCAAACAGAUCAAAAACAAGGUGAACAAACAUGCGUUUUCUGGAGGAAAAGACACGGUAGAAGAACACAGGAAGUUUGGAGGAAACGCUGACGUGGACGUUUCCUUCAUGUAUCUGACCUUCUUCCUGGAGGACGACGAGCAGCUGGAAAAGAUCAGACAGGACUACACCAGUGGAGCUCUGCUGACCGGAGAGCUGAAGAAGCUCCUGAUUGAGACGCUGCAGCCGAUGAUCUCUCAGCAUCAAGAACGCCGUAAACUAGUGACGGAGGAAACCGUCAGAGAGUUCAUGACGCCCAGACCGCUAAAGUUUAACUUCUAGUCAGCAGGAGAAGUUACUGAAACACUCAGAGCCAAUCAGUCAUCCAUCUGAAACGAUGUAAUUAUUAAUGUGAAGAGGAACGUUCUUCAGAGGGACACGAGGAACAUCUACAUGCUGGUUGUCAUGCUAACUGUUAGCUUCAACAAACCUUCAUGUUUCAUCAUCCACUGUUUGUUUGUGUCUGCAGCCCUGCAGCUCCAAUAAUCAUAUAUAUAUAUAUAUAUAUAUAUAUAAUGAUGUAUAUAUAUCAGACCUGCUCCUCGCCUGCAAAUCUGACAAUUAAAGCCAAUACAAAUGUACAUUGUUGCCAAAUCUGCUUACAACACAACUACACAAACACUUUAUAAACUGUCUGUAACGUCCACGAAUGUAAUAAACCACAGACAGAAUAAAAAUCUGCAGCUUUUAAUGCAAUAAUCCCAC